UUUGCUUUCUCUCCCACAUCCUUUCCUGGGCCAAUAUGUGUUAGCGAGCAACGCUCUUCUCCGAUUCCCGAGUGCCUUUUCUUGGGCUUGCCGAGAGCCUCUCGCUCGGUUAACCACAAUACAGUUUGUCUCAUUACUCCCGGCCCAUCGCACUAGAGCUGAGAGGCGCAUGCGCGGCUUCCCUCGCUCGACUCCGCGUGGCGGAGGAAUCCCAUUGACCUUACGACGUUGUAGCGUCAUAAAGAACUUCGCGCGGGGUGAUGCGGCCGGAGUAGCCGCAGCGCUGAGAUACAGACCAGUCUUUGAAAAAGAGUCACGGGGGGGCGCCGCCUUCGCAGAGGAGGGGGGGACAGCUCCUGUAAGACGAGUGACGAGGCCGGCGGGGAGGAGGGAGGAGAGUCGGAAGGAAGGAAGAGAGGAAAAAAGAGCGCCCGGCCUCCUGCAAGGCCGGCACCCCCUUCCGGGUCUCCCCGUCCUGCUGUUCGCUUCCGCCAAGCAGUCUCCGCGCUUCCUCCACAGUCGGAAAAUAAUCCCCCUCCUUCCUUUCCUCCUUCCUGCCUGCCUCCUCGCGCGCCGCCCUCAACAGGCUCCGCCGCCGCGAUGGCGCUGAAGAGAAUCCACAAGGAACUGAAUGAUCUGGCACGUGAUCCUCCAGCCCAGUGUUCAGCAGGGCCGGUUGGAGAUGAUAUGUUCCAUUGGCAAGCUACAAUAAUGGGACCAAAUGACAGUCCCUAUCAGGGUGGGGUGUUCUUCUUGACAAUUCAUUUCCCAACAGAUUACCCCUUCAAACCACCUAAGGUUGCAUUUACAACAAGAAUUUACCAUCCAAAUAUCAACAGUAAUGGCAGUAUUUGUCUUGAUAUUCUACGGUCACAGUGGUCUCCAGCAUUAACUAUUUCAAAAGUACUUUUGUCCAUCUGUUCUCUGUUGUGUGAUCCCAAUCCAGAUGAUCCUUUAGUGCCUGAGAUUGCACGGAUCUACAAAACAGAUAGAGAAAAGUACAACAGAAUAGCUCGAGAAUGGACUCAGAAGUAUGCGAUGUAAUUAAAGAAAUUAUUGGAUAACCUCUACAAAUAAAGAUAGGGGAACUCUGAAAGAGAAAGUCCUUUUGAUUUCCAUUUGACUGCUUUCUAUGAGCCCACGCCUCAUCUUCCCCAGUGCACAUGUUUACCUGAUACAGCAGUGCUGCGUGUUGUACAUACGUGGAACAACAAAAUACUGUAUUCUAUACCAACAUUGACUCCUAGCAAAGAAAUGUGUGUGAAAAGCCAGUUCUUCAGUCAAAGUCUAGUUGUGAGCAUAAAAGCAUUCCUAAAAGAUUUAAAUUUGGCAUAAAACCAAAAGUGGGGGGAAGGGUAAAGAGCAAAGGCUUCAUGUGGGGACUUUCAGUGAUUCAGAAGGAGAACUUUUGUUAAAGUGGAAUCCUUUUAAACUCAUAACUGUUAUGAAAAUCUUAAGUGAAGAACUUGAAGCUGUUUCUGUAUUUUUAUUCUGAAGGACCUACUUAGGUAAAUGUAUGACCAACAAGAUCAAACUGUACCCACAUCCUGUGUUUAAAGGUCUAAGUUUAAUUGGUCAGCAUUUAAAUGCAUUGGAGCUAUUAGUGCAUCAAGUGAUGUUGAUUUUGUUUCAACCUCCCUCUCCCCCCCUUCCCUUCAUAAUUUUGGUUUGUAUGUGUUUUCUCAGUUAACAUAGCUAAUAGCUCUUAUUUUCUUAAGUUUUUAACUGCUUAGGUCUUUCUGGAUGUAAGGGUAAAAAUUCAUUUGACAGACUUGUGUAUAUUUAAAGACCCAAAUGCUCCCUUGGAGCUUGUACGUUCAAGAAUGAUUAAUCUGUGUAAUAAACUGAUUACUACAGUCAUUACAUACAACUGUGUGAAUAGGCUUAAUUUUUUAUGGGCUAAGGUUAAAGGUAUUCUUGUUUUUUGGAAAAUUUCAUUUGAGAAUCAUGAAUCUUUAAGACUUCAUAAUAAAACACUGUAUCUCAGAAUAAACAGGUCAGUGAGACCAACUUCAAGUAAGGUGUGAAAGUACCAAUUUCCAUGUUAAUCCAGCAUACUGGAAUUCUAGAUGCUCGUAUGGCAGAACUUGACUGUUAAAUAAGCAGCUUGCUAUUUGAGCACCAUUUCACAAAAUUUUGUUUAGCAUGGGACUAAACCCUGUCUUAGGUAAGGGAUUCCUUAUGUAAUUGUUAAUAAUGGCUGUAAAAGGAUAAAUGUUUUACAAAAUGCAUCAGCAUAAACUGCCACAAAAUGUAGCUUUUAAAGAUUGUUGCACUAAACACUUGGAAAUGUUCACUGUACAUGUAAUAACUUGAAUGGCCUUCAUUUGAAAACUAGUGAAAAUGUAGUUUGAAGUUCUACGUGUUAAAUGAGUGUCCCCCCUCCCCCCAACAACCUUAAUGUGAAUAAGCUUAAUCUGCAGUAGAGAGAUGCUGGGCUUCAUCUCAUUCAGCCACAGUGCUCUUCCCUAUCUAUUUUCAAAUAUAUCUAUACACUCUUGCACAAUUAAGGAAUAAAUGUCCACUACUUUGUUUUA